AGAGUUGGCAUGAGCCAUGACACCAGUGCGUUCCGGAAACUCGACGCGAACAGAUCAUAUCAGAUAGUUUUCGAGUCAUGGCCGAUUUAUUAUUCCCUCAAUUGGAGCGUCCUCUGCCCUCGAUGCCCUCCCUGCACUACACCCUGUUUGCGUACCGCGAGGAGCUGAGGCGUCGGGAUGUGCCCUUCAUGAAGAUGUCCACCAUCAAGCUGCACCUGACGGACAAUUUGAUACUGCAGACCAUCAAGAACAUACGGCAGUACGACACCAUCGAGAUUAUGAAUCUCAACAGGGAGAUCACCUUCAAGCGGCGCCUCACCAAGCAGAUGCGCAAGGUGCGGAAGCUGGAGAAGCUCGGCCUGACCAUCGAUCCACGGAAGCUCACCGAGGGCGGACAGUGGCACUGAGCAGCCAACGAUCAUCCUAACUCAACUCUAUUCGAACUCUACUCUGCUACCAUUGUCAUACAUACUACAAGCAUGUGUAAUUAGUUUUUAAGCGAAAUCCCCACAAGUUUCUAAAACUCAAUAAGCCGAACCAAUCCAACAGAUCUAUAUGACUUUUCUAAUGAAAUAUAUACAAGAAAAAUAUA